GCCAGGGUGGUGAAUGGGAUCACAUGUUGCUUCCUGCCAUGCCCCAAGUGCGCGCGCGCACACACACACAGUCUCUCUCUCUCUCGUACCCCUCGCUCACAGGUGAAUUCCUCCCCUCUUUAAUUGAAAGGCGAAUCUUGGGUAGGUGGUAGAGUUGGGUGGCCUCGUUGUAAGAACUCCCCGUUGCAAAGGAGAAAGGGGAAAAAAAUGUUACCUUUCUCGUAAUUCUUUUCUCUGUCUUUUGCGUCUUCCGGUUUCUUGCCUCCAUCUGGGGUUUGGGGAGCCGCAUGAAGCUCGGCAUCGCUUGGGAGUAGAGGGGAUUAGGUGCUGGCGAAGAAUGAAAGAAGGUUUCAAAGAUGGGCAAUUGCGGAACCAGAGAGGAUAAUGCCGUCGUCGCCGCUCAUGCGCAAGUUCAGCAGCUCCAAAUGUUCCAACUACCUGUUAAGAAUGCUCUUCCAGAGAAAAAACAUACUCGUACUUUCUCAGAUAUGAGUGACCCCUCGACUCCUCGACACAUUGAGGAUUCAAGAAACAUUGCAAUAUACAAUGAUGUGAUAGCAUUCACAUUGUUCGAGCUAGAGACGAUUACAAAGAGCUUCCGGCCAGAUUACGUUCUUGGUGAAGGAGGGUUUGGCGCUGUCUACAAGGGUUAUAUAGAUGAGAAUGUGAGAGUUGGCCUCAAAUCACUUCCGGUCGCCGUUAAGGUCCUCAACAAAGAUGGUCAUCAGGGGCAUAGAGAAUGGCUUACGGAGGUUAAUUUUCUAGGACAACUGAGGCACCCUAAUCUAGUGAAGUUGAUCGGAUAUUGCUGUGAAGAUGAUCAUAGGCUUCUUGUCUAUGAGUUCAUGUUCCGUGGAAGUCUUGAGAACCACUUGUUUCGAAAGGCAGCUGCUCCACUAUCCUGGGCAACAAGAAUGUCAAUCGCACUUGGUGCUGCUAAAGGGCUAGCUUUCCUUCACAAUGCUGAAAGACCUGUUAUCUAUCGAGAUUUUAAGACCUCGAAUAUUUUAUUGGACUCUGAUUACACAGCCAAGCUCUCUGAUUUUGGUCUUGCAAAAGCUGGACCUGAGGGUGAUGAGACCCAUGUGUCAACAAGGGUGAUGGGAACCUAUGGUUAUGCUGCCCCUGAAUACGUCAUGACAGGUCAUUUGACAGCCAGGAGUGAUGUCUACAGUUUUGGAGUUGUCCUUCUUGAGCUCUUGACAGGUCGGCGAUCUGUGGAUAAGGCACGCCCAAGUAAGGAGCAGAGCUUGGUUGACUGGGCUCGUCCCAAGCUCAAUGACAAGAGAAAGCUACUGCAAAUCAUUGACCCCAGGUUGGAGGAUCAAUAUUCCGUGAGAGCUGCUCAGAAGGCCUGUAGCCUGGCAUACUACUGCUUGAGCCAUAACCCAAAAGCAAGGCCUCUUAUGAGUGAUGUCGUGGAGACGCUUGAGCCCCUGCAGGUGAGCAGUGGAAGUGAGGGCUCAUUUCAGGCAGUAGGCGGCAGUGGGAUUUCCGAGUACAAGAUGCACCGUAGACUUGCAGGAAGUGGGGUCAGCUGUAGAGCCACACCAAACGCAAAAUGUCCGCCAAGUGCUCUUCCAUCAUGCAGGGUCAGGAACACACCGGACUGUGGUCCUUUUUUUACAGGAGGAGGCGUGGAGAUCUGACUUAGCCAUUGAUCUUUUCUCUCUCCCCUCGAGAUUGAUACUGUUGGAUAGUUCUUGCUUUGUGCUAAAAUUCAGAAAUGGGACCGGUGCGAGUGACAAAGUUGUAUCUGUCGGACGAACACAUCUUUCAAAGAUAGAAAGAGAAUUUGAUCAUCUAACCAUCCAGCCUUGGAUAUUGUAUGAUGCUUCAAAUCAUCAGGUAAAUCUUAUUUAGUUUUCGCAGCCAUCCGGAUUGAAGUCUAUCACAUCAUUCCGCGGCCAGAUUACUUGCUCAACCUUCUCUUUUUCUGAGAGAAAUGGUUUUCUAAGCAACGAAGGGCACCUCGAUCUUAAUUAAUCACCUAAUCUUUUGGCUUUCUUCCUCGCUAUAGAACAUGACUUGUGGUCAUUGUCAACAUGGAAAGAGAACAUCUAACAGUGACUACUGAACUGGCAUUGAGCUGCCUCUUUAGUGAGUGGGUUUUCACCAGUCUUUUGACUUUGAGACUGCUUCUUUGGAUUACUCCAAACUUUUCCAAGGUGCUGUUACGCAGGCCAUGAACAAGUUUAGCUUGCCAUAGGACAGAAUGGUAGGUGAUACUGAUGCAAUUUGUUCUUCUUCUUCUUCUUCUUCUGACCAUUCUGCCUUGAAGGAUUUCUUCUUUUUCUGCAUGUUGGUUCAUUAUUAAACCUUGAACAAGAUAUAGAAAUUCAAACAAAAGUAGAAAAAAACAAGAAACAAAGAAAUUAGCGAGACUUUUGACAAAAUCCAAAAUGGCAAUUAUUGAGAUGGAAGAAGAAAAUAAUUUUACAAAAAUACAGAGUUCUCUAAGAUGCUAAAACAAGUUUUUUAAUUUAGGUAGUUGCACUGACUAUUAUUCAUUUCUUAGCAUAAUAGCUAAUCAAAACUUUGCAUCUCUCUCAAAACUGCACAUUUCAAGUUACAAAUUACCACAUCACUGCUUGACAAAAGCAAUGCAAAGGCAGUAGUGCAAAUAGACUGUGUAUUUUUUUGAUGUAGCAAUGAGAGUAAUAUGUCCAAAGUUUUCUCUUGUUUCA